AUGAAGAGUAUCGCCGCAUUGGUGUUUAUUCUAAUAUUGCUUUCAGGUGAUUGCAAAAAAGAUGCUAAGGAACGAGUCAUCAUGGGCUGUGGGGACUUCUGCUGUAAAAACGCCAGCAUCAUAAACCUGACUGAAGCUUUCAAAAACUGCUGUAAGGAGGCUGAAGUAUGCCUUUUGCCAAAGAAGUUUUACGACGUUUCCUGCAGGGAGCAGAUAAUGGAUUGGUGCCUAAAAAAACAAGCAAAUACCAGCGCAAAACAAAUACGAACUAAAUGUUGCGUAGACUUUUCCUGCCCAAAAAAAAAAAGGGAAAAAAAAUGUAAAAAACGAUUCCAAAUAAAAGUCAGAUGGGACAAAAUUAAUUUUAAAACGAAGCACGAUCUACUCGAAGGGCCAUGGAAAAAAGAAACUUGGUCAUUUUUGCUGAAAAUGGUGUCACAGAAUUGUUUAAAUAAAUCAACUGUCGGAGGGCCUCCCGAUAAAAUUACGUAUAGAUACCCCUACUACACUAACGAUAGAGGAAGGAACGACACUGUGUUUAGUUAUGAGUCUCCACCUGUCUAUUUGGUAGAAGAAAAAGAAUCUUUCUCCAUGUUUACGGUAGUAGGUUCCUCUUUUAGCCGAAUGUGGGCAACACUGUUACUAUGUGUCAUCUGGAGUUUGAUAUCAGGAGUUAUUAUAUGGAUACUGGUGAGUAAAUAUAUCGCUUUCGUAUAUUUAAUGUAGCUUUUUAUUUGUGCGGAAUGCAGUAAGUGCCAUGUUCGACUAACUGAUUGAAUGAGCUGAAAGAGAGCCGAUACUAGUUAAAAGGAAGUGCUUUAAGGUCUCGGUAAAGGAAAACGAGGUGCCCAGAGAUAAAAAGUUCUAGUCGCGCGAGUAUUUUCGCUACAAAGGCAAGUUAUAUUUCAAAUUAAAACUAAAAGACUAAAUUACCUUAUCAAAGAUUUUAUUUCAUCGAAUUUCUAAGGCCCCUUAAGUUUUUUGCUCUCGAACUCGGAGGUGUCAAGUUUACUGCUGAAGCUCCAGCCGUUUCGCGUUGUUAAAUAUUCACUUCCUUUUUAUUGCAUCUGAUUGACAGAUAAAAGACCUAAAAAAGGGUGUGAGGAAAUUUGCAUAUGUCUCGUAUUAGCGGAAUUAUUGCAUUUCAAACUAAAAAGUCGCAUCUCGAGCGCGAUUUACGCAAAGAAACUGACACAAAAUGAGUUACAAAGGGAUAUCGGAAAUUUCCUCACUCCCUUUUUUAGGUCUUUUAUCUGUCAAUCAGAUGCAAUAAAAAGGAAGUGAAUAUUUAACAACGCGAAAGGGCUGGAGCUUCAGCAGUAAACUCGAUACCUCUGAGUUCGAGAGCAAAAAACUUAAGCGCCUUUUUAAAUUCGAUGAAAUAAAAUCUUUUUUAAGGUAAUUUAGUAUUUUAGCUUUAAUUUGAUAUAUAACUUGCCUUUGUAGCGAAAAUACUCGCGCGACUAGAAUUUUUUUCUGUGGGCACCUCGUUUUUCUUUACCGAGACCUUAAGACGAGACUAACGCUACGACAAGUACUAUGGAAAACUGCAGUGAAGUUCAGCAGGUGAAGUUGGACUGAAACAUCUUAGGAAAUACAGUGUCUUGUUCUGUUCAUAUCCAUAAAAGCAUUCAGACAUUUUGCGCAAUAUUUUUUAGCUCGCUGUGUGUUAUUUUAAAGCUCGUCGGUUGAAGAAAUCUUCCAUCAGAAAACGGCGGAAAAAUUACACUAAAACGUACAUUGUGAAUUGCCUUUUUAGCAUGUUCCAGCUGUCGGUAUUGUCUUUACGGGCUGUAGGGGGAUGGAUGAAUAGAUGAUACUUUUUCCGCUUUUUAUUCAGUUUGCUCGAGCCUCCUCUCUUAACUUCAAUAUUGACGAAACGCGAUAGCCUGGGCUAUGAGAUUAGAUGCCAUAACGGGCAUAAGGUUAAGCUGUUAUUAAGCGAAAAAAAGAAAAAAACUUAAAAAAAAAAAAGCCCAAAAGCAAUGCAUGUUUCAAAAUAUCUUGUACUAAGGUGUAGUUAGUUCAUUAUUUUAACACCUUAAAGAUAAAGCUAAAGUUUUUUGUAAGAUUCAAAACUGCAGUCAAACUGCAAUGGUAUCAAAGGUACCUAGCAACGCCAUGUACCUUAGUGAUUACAUCACCUUGUAGAGCUCAUUAGUUUCUUCCUAUUCUUUAACAAGAAAUUUUCAUUGCCCUUAUUGAUUGUAUUUAAUUCAUAAUCAGGAUCAUAGAGCGAACCAGCGCCAGUUUCCCUCGUCUUUUUGGGAAGGAGUUCGUGAAGGAGCCUGGUGGGCAAUGGUCACAAUGACGACCGUUGGGUAAGUAGAAAGGGUACCGCCACGUGAUAUGAGUAGGAAACCCCUUAUUUGUUUUCAAAAGUUUAUGAAUGAAAUUGCUCCUUUGCGUUAAGUAAUUCAUACCUGCACUUAUGGCUCCCCAUAGGAUUACUAUUCUUGUUUUGAUCGUAGAGCUUGAGCGUCUCAGUUACCCCUAGAGCUCAUAAUAAUGCCGGCGGAUUCAUGGCAAGACCAACCUUCCCGGAAAGGUCGAGGGAUAUGGGAGACAGAUUAAGUGCGAUCUCAGUUCUGGCCCUCCACGUUGGGGUUUCAUCACAUGGGCUAAAUACCAUGUUCUCUAAAGAGGCACAUGUUGUAAACCGAACGCAAUUAUAAUGAAAAUCAAAAAGCUCAAACGGGGAAGGCUGCCGUGGAGGAAAAAAAGAAAGUCCUUUCAUUGAUAGCCGCAAAACUAAGGUCCACCACAUAUUGGCAGAUAUUGAGGACUAUGGUAGCAGUGGCAGAUCCAUGGGAGGGGCCGGGGGACCCGGGUCCCCCCUUAUCUCAGGGUCUGGAUGACCGCCCCCCAUCCUUAUCUGGAGGUCUGUAUCCGCCACUGGGCAGAGGCGGAGGCGGAUCAGCACAAGCGAACAAACAGAUGACGACAUAUCAGACUAUUGAGUGCUAGGAGUGAGUGAAACUAGAUGGACGUUUAUAGGAUCGAUGAGGCUGCUAAGAUGACGAGGCAUAUUAAGGUGGAAUGGCCAACAUGAUCAGCACGAGGGUCAAGUGAGCCUUGAUGGAAUGGAUACUAAUCGAUCAGGAGAAUGGUGUGAUAGAUUUUAUUUGAAACCAAUAGAUCUCUACAGUAACGGGCUUCUAUUCCGAUACACUUGCCAAAAACGAUAGGGUUCCACAAAAGUAACGGGCUUCUAAACCGAUACACGUACCUUCAACAAAAUUACAAUUCUCUAAAUCGAAAAACUACUCCGUUCAAAGUGUCACAUGAUCACGUGUUCGAAACGUGAUCGGCUACAUCUAAGGUCAAAAAAUGUCACGCGCGAAAAGUAACACAAAACUCCGUGACACACUCCCCCCUUGACCAGUCGAAUCACUGGUCAACUAGUCUCCGAAUAUAAUCAGCAUUCCGAGCGGCAAGACGCCUGGGUGGCCUGAUGCCAUCAAUUAUCUGCUCCUCCCGAGGUUGUUCAUCAUUAGUCACGACAGGUAUCUCCAGGGGAAACAGCCUUUGCACUGGCCUCUUCAUAGUAACAGGUCUACCACUCUUACUGAUAACCUUGACUACAGCUGCUCUAACGCGAUCGUCCGCACCAUGGAUCAACUGCUCCACUCGUCCAAGUUUCCACUGACUACGGGGCAGAUUGUCUUCGAAAACGGUAACAACAUCUCCCUCAGAUACAGCAAUACUGGAUCUAGGCCUGGAUUUCUGCCGAUGCAGGUUCCUUAACUCUGUAACAUAUUCUCUGCUCCAGCGCCUCCAGAAGUGUUCCAGUAACAAUCCCAAGUACUUCCGUCUUCUUGGGAGAUCUUCCGACGACACUGUAUGGUCAAGUGAGGCUUGUCGAUUUCCUGUUACCUCCGGCAGUGAUAAUAUUCGUCUUCCAUACAUCAAGUGACUUGGUGUCAAUGGUUCUUCAGGAUCAUCUGACGAUACGUAAGUCAAGGGUCUAGAGUUGAGAGUUCCCUCAACCUCGACGAGAACAGUGUGCAAUUCGUCAUAGUUUAACUUAGCGUUCCUAAGUGUCUUCCGCAAACAUCUCUUUGUAUUCUGAAUCAAUCGCUCAAAAAAGCCACCCCACCAGGGCGCUCUGUCCACAUUAAAUCUCCAGUCAAUUCUUUUACUGGCCAGGAAUUUCUUGACUCUUGGGUAAGAAAAUAACUUGCUCAAAAUUUUAUCUGCAGCCUUAAACGUUUUGGCAUUGUCCGAGAUAAUCAGUUCUGGUAAACCUCUUCUAGCUGCGAAUCUCCUCAGGCAACGGAUGAAUACAUCAACCGACAGGUCCGUAGCAAGCUCUAAAUGUACUGCUCUCACAGAACAGCAAGUAAACAGGAGAACAUAGACCUUCUGUAACGCAGACUGUCCUGACACCUUAAUGUACAAAGGUCCAGCAUAAUCUACUCCGACAUAAGUAAAGGCAGGUUUCUGGCUCAAUCUAAACUCGGGUAGGUCACUUUGAGGAGGCACUCUGUAACUCUGCCCUUCAUAUCUGCGACAAACUGUACAGCUAGCCAGUGUUCUUUUAACAAACUGUCGUCCCUUGACAAUCCAAAAUCUGGUUCUCAGCUGGGCUAGCGUAGCUUCUACCCUAUUGUGAUGCACCCUUUCAUGAGCAUCUCUCACCAACAGAGUUGAAAGAUAAUGAUUCUUUGGUAGUAAGGCUGGGAACUUCGUCUCAUGUGGUACAUCAGCAUUAGCAACUCUCCCCUUACAUCUUAGGACUCCACUACUGUCUUCGUACAAACCAAAGUCUCGCUCUAACUGGCUGUAAUUUGCUUGGGACUUCAAUUCUUUCUGGACACUUCUUAACCACUUCACUUCUGCAUUUCCAAGUUCUUCUGCAGUAACCUCUCCCGAGUAAACAGUUCCUUCCUUUAGCAACUUGGCCUUGAUUUUCAAAUUUUUCACAAAGCGCAACACCAAAGCUGUAAUACGAAACAACUUGUUACAGGAGCUAAAAUCUGUGAUCGGAAUAAUAGUGUCCAUAUUGGGUAUUCCAUUUGUAGUUAACAAUACCGCUUCACCAACUGCUUCGAUAGCUUGGCCUUUCUUCAUCUCUACGCAACACUCUUCAGCAAUUGUUUCUGAACAUUCCUCAGAACUGGGCCAGUUUCUCAUGGGCUCCGACAGCCACGAUGGUCCCUUCCACCACAACACAUUACUCUUUAACUUAGCCGCACCUUCUCCACGAGAUCCUAUGUCCGCUGGGUUCUCAAUGCCAGGACAAUGGUUCCACAUGCUCUCUUCGGUCAAAGACAAGAUUUCAUUCACACGAUUUUGCACAAACUGCUUCCACUCCUUCGAACCCUUUAUCCAGCAGAUUGCAGUCUUGCUGUCUAACCACAAGUGUGUCUUGUCAAUUGUAAUCUGUGACGCCAAGGCUUCUUUAACUGAGGACACCAAUCUUGCUAAGAUGACCCCAGACAGUAAUUCGAGUCUAGGGAUAGACUGCCUUGUCAGCGGUGCCACUCUGGUUUUGGAUGACAACAAAACUGGAAAAAAAUCACCACUCACUUCAAGAACCAAGUAAACAACAGCACAAUAAGCCUUUUCUGAAGCGUCCCCAAACCCAUGAAUAACAUACGACGUAACACCUUCCUCUAAUCCAGCAUACACACACCUCGGUACUAACACUUGCUGCACCUCUCUCAAGUCCUGAAGCCACCUGUUCCACUGCUUCCGGGCAGACUCCGGGAGUGGCGCAUCCCAUUCAAACUUCUCCUGGCAAAGAGACUGAAACAAAAUCUUCAUUUCCACCAGUAUUGGACUGAGUACUCCAAGGGGGUCAAAGAAACUUGAAGUAACCUUUAACAAGUUUCUCCUGGUCGGCUCCAAGUCUUCUGAAAGUCUCAGUAAGGCUUCAAAUUUAAAAAUGAACUCAUCAGUAACACAGUUCCAAUUGACACCAAGUACCUUGUGUUCAUCCUUCAUAUCAAGCUUCUCCAAAUGAUUGACAGUAGUUUUCGCAUAAGACUCUGUAUCCUCCACUACAGCACAAGUUCCGACAGUUCCAACUUGGUCCUCACAAAUCAAUUCAAGCAAUUUAGGUGAAUUUGAAAUCCACUUUCGCAAGUUAAAUCCACCUUCCAAUAGGCACUUCUUAGACUUCUGAUAAAGCGACAGACACUCCUCAACACCCCUUUCUCCUGUCACCAAAUCAUCCACAUAAAAUGAAUUCAACAAGUUCUGAACCAAACCAGGGUCAGCCUCAUAUUGACUGAUAUGAUACUUCAAAGUGGCAUUCAAAAGAAAAGGGCUAGCAUUGACUCCAAACACCACACGACAAAACCUAUAUAACAUCAAUCCGGGAUUCUCUUCUUCUAAACUGUCCACCCAGAGGAAUCGCAGGACAUCACGAUCUUCUUCAGCAACUCCCACAUUGAGAAAGGCUUUUUCAAUGUCUCCUACAAGUGCAAUUCUUUUCUCUCUAAACCGGAGGAGAACAUUGAAGAUUGUUGGAGUUAAGGCUGGUCCUGAGUAAAGACAUUCGUUAAGACUUGGACUAUCACUGCUGGGCCUUGACGACGCAUCAAAAACAACACGAAGUUUGGUUGUAAGGGCAUCCCGGCGUACCACCCCAUGAUGCGGUAAAUAAUGCACCCUUCCAACAUCAGGACGCUUGGCACAGUCUACUUGCUCAAUUAUACCACUCUGCAACUGAUCUUGUAUGAUGGAGUCAUAUUCUUUCAAGAUCUCUGGAUCCUUUCUAAGACGUUUAAGCUGCGUGCUCAAUCUUGCUACACAGUUCUCAAAAUUAUCUGGCAACAGCCCAUGUUGCUCCUUCCAAGGUAGAUGGACCAAAUACUUGCCAUCUUCAAAACUCAAAUUCUUUUCAAAGGCUUCAAGAACAGUAUCCUUAUCUCGAAUGCCGACAGAAUCCAGAUCCCACAAUCUAUCCAAAUCCCCUUGCAGCGUAUCAUCAACAACCCUUGACUCCGUCCUCAACACGUGAGUCGACGAAAACUGAAUACUUGAAAGUUUCUCCCUCGGGAGAUUUUCCACCGGACCCGACAACACCCAUCCAAACUUGGUAGAAACAGCCACAGGUCCACCCUGACCUGACUCCUCCCCCCUUACUGACUUGCCAUCAAAGAAAUCCCAGAUAUAAUCUGAACCAAUCAACAAAUCAAUCUGCAUUGUAUUGCUGGCAGGGCACACAUCAGCAAAUUCAAUGUUUUUUAAGCUGGGAUAUCUUUCUUUAACCCAUUCCAAAUCUUGACCUUGUAAAUCAUUACAAAUGUGAGGGACUGCAAAUGCAUUCAAUGUUGUUUUAAAGUCUGUUCCUGAUUUGGUUAAAGAAAGUUCGACCAGGUUGACAGCUUCCAGCUCUUGGUUCUGAUCCCCAAAUGUUGCAAUUUUCAGUCUCUCUGUCCUGACAGUUUUCAAUUUCAAGGUAUUUACUACCUUUUGGUUGAUAUACGAUCGCUGGGCUCCAGUAUCAAAAAUUGCACGUACAGUGAGACUAUGAGAGAGUUCCUUCCCCGGGAUUGAGACAUUUACUUGAGCAGUUUGUAAGAAAACAUGCAUCCCAGAACCAAUAUGCAAUGCAGGUGAGGCUGUUGCCCCAGCAGGAAUAUUACUGCUGUCUGCCAUACUACUAUUACAAACUGCCAAAUGGUGACGACCACUACACUUGAAGCACUGAAUUUUGGUGUCACAGUUACGGGCUAGGUGCCCCCCACGGCGCAGGCAAUUGAAACACCUCCCUUGUUUCUUCAAAAUUUCUCUUCUUUCAUCAAUAUUUGUUACAACUUGGCACUCAGACGCUCGGUGAUUUCCUUUGCAAAACAAACAGUUUAACUCCCCACGAUUUCCGCUCAACAAUGCACUCGCAGUUGAUUCAUUGCCAGGGUUAAACGAUUUCUUUAAUGGGGAUUUUUUCUCCACAGAUGUAUUCAUACCACACCUUUCACGGGCCUCCACUUCAUUUUUGACAGCUUUUAUUACAGAAGUUAGCUCCCAGUUAUCCUUAUGUUCCCUGCUGACAAUCAAUCGCAAUUCUUCGGGCAACUUCUCCAUGAAUAUAGGAAUCAAAAGAGCUCCAUACUGUGCAGAAUCAAUUCCCAGUGCUUGUAAACCUCUAACCUGAAUUUCCAAAUUAUCGAGAACAGCUCGGAUUCCCUUAACGUUAGACAUGGCAUUCACAGGCUGUAAUUUGAGUAAGGCCUCCAUGUGAGAGCUAAUAAUUAUCUGCUUGUUUCCAAAUCUAUCGGUUAAGAUUUCAAUAGCCUCCUUAUAGUUCAGUUCAGUUAAUGGUAAUCCAGUGAUAGAAUUUAGAGCUGGGCCAUCUAAUAGACUUCGCAGAUAAUUAAACUUGUCAACAUUAGUUAGCGAAGCGUUCUUAUGCACCGCAGACGAGAACGAAUCCCAAAAUGUUUGCCAGUUUUUUGGGUCGCCAGCAAAUCUUUUUAUGUGAAGUUUUGGUAGCUUCGCACCGUUACUAGAACUAGAUGGAACAGACCCACCUUGACUUCCUUGAGGCGAUUCUUGUUUGCCAUGAGAAUUUUCACAUUUCUGUAACUUGACAAGGGCGCUAUGAAUUCGCGCGCGAAACUCUUCAGAUUCCUCUAUCUCCGGUUCUAAAUUUCCUUCGUCGAUUGCGGCCAAAAUCGAUUCGUCCAAGGUCUUUAAGGUCGCUAAUUUUUCAUUGAGCGUAAUAGUUAUCCGUUUUAUCUUGUCUUUAGUGGUAUCAGACCCAUCGUAAUCCAUGAGAAGUUCAUCGACUGAUGAAAGAAUUUUCCUUGCGUGUAAGCGAUGCGCCGCACGUAUUUUCAGGUUCUUCGCUAGUUUUCCAGGCAUAAUUCAGCUAGUUCUGACUCCAAAUCCGGCUCUUGGGACCAAAUGUGAUAGAUUUUAUUUGAAACCAAUAGAUCUCUACAGUAACGGGCCUCUAUUCCGAUACACUUGCCAAAAACGAUAGGGUUCCACAAAAGUAACGGGCUUCUAAACCGAUACACGUACCUUCAACAAAAUUACAAUUCUCUAAAUCGAAAAACUACUCCGUUCAAAGUGUCACAUGAUCACGUGUUCGAAACGUGAUCGGCUACAUCUAAGGUCAAAAAAUGUCACGCGCGAAAAGUAACACAAAACUCUGUGACAAAUGGUGAAGGCACGGUUCUAUUCGAAAUACACAACGCUGACUGUGUUACAAGCAUUAGCACUGGCGAUUAAAACCAAAGUAAAGGAUAACCAUUGCUGCAGAGUACUGAAGAUCCUCAACAAUCAAGACAUGAUCUCAGUGAUGGGAGCUCUAAACACCAUUUACAGUCUGGGGAGAAAACACAAUGUUGGAGUUACGAAUAACAGCCGUGAGAGACCAUGCGGCCUAUGCAGUAUUGAUGGUCUGAUUAUAAGUAUCAUUGGAAGGCUAUUCCUGCAAUUAAACCUGCAAAAAGAGAUUCACCAGGUGACCAUCUUUUAGUAAAUGUCUGCAUGAGAACAUCAACAAUGGGGGAGGGGGGGGGAAAGUAAUGAUGAUAGCCGUCAAAUGGAGUGACUACCUCCUGGUCAAAACUGAAAUGACGGGAAAGUUGGCGAGGAAUGGAGAGAAGACGGAAGGGAGAGUUUUGAAGCUUGCAAGUAAGCUGCAGAGUGAGAAGAUCGCUAAGAGAUGAAAGUUGAGGUAAAGAAAAGAGUGAGAGUUAGAAUACACAUAAUGGACUUCUGAUCGAACUGGUUUGGGCUCUUCCAAUUCAGCCCAAAAUCCCGGAAACUUCGGUUAGAAACUAAAUGGAACGAGCCAUUUUGGUACGAUCCGACCGGAAUAUUUGGGACAACCUUUAUAGCUGGUCCACUUUGACCGGUUAGCUGAUGGUGGUUUUAAGGUCGUUCACCAAAGGGUCUUAAUCCAUAGCUCGGCUAAUGGUAGUCCACCACAUUCAUGGUUUCCGUUUAAUAAAUUCUCCCCACGUCUCGCGAAACUAUGAUAUAUUUCACAUGAUUUCCGUAAUUCUUUCGUGUUGCAAACAGAUUUUGGGCAGAUUUCUCGAUCUUUCCGUCUGAUCUAUCACAUGCAAAAAACCAACGAUCACUUGCCUCGAAAUUGCCGCGUUUUGCCUAGCUUUUUCGAAAUUGAUCUUUAACUCAUAAAAGCACGUUUUUUCUGGCGGGAAAUACGUGGUUGCUCAGUGCCCUGAUUACUAACAUUAGUGAUAUGGAAUAAAGUCAUAACAUCAGCCACUGGUAAGAGUUCUAAAUUGUAUCAGGGCAUUUUAACAUCAUAAUAUUAGACUGUGGUUAAUUCACCACGCGCCAUCUUAUAUACAUGUAUAAAUAUAUAUAUAUAUGUAUAUCCUGCAGGAGCCAUAAUCUGGAGACCGUAACUGGAUACUUUUUUCGGUAAUGGGGUUGGUUUCAUCGAAAUAGCCAAAUGUACCCAAGCCCGCGCAUUUCUUUGGAGGGCGCCGCUCAAAGAAUAAACAAACCAAAAUGGGGUCGGCAAUUACCUCCGUGGGAAAUGAAUAAAUUCCAUUUCUGGCAUUAUUUCCUCUCCUGAAUUUGAGGCAAGACCUUGAGGAGAACCUUUUCGACAAUAAAUUUGAAUGCGUGGACUGUGAAUGUGAUUCCAGACGUGUUAUCACCGUAGUGAGAAUUUUUUUGGUAAACCCAGUGAAGAAUAGAUGUCGUGCGAUGCUAGCACGCGGGAAAAAGGAGGGUGGAAAGUUAAAGUUUCUGUGGAGCUUCAAGCCAUUUUAGAGCGAGAUUUUAAUUUGAUAUGCGAUUGCUGAAAACAAAUUGGCAUAAAUGUGAAGAAGACUAAAGUCAUGCUUGCCGAAAGUAUUAAAAAAGACCAUGUUUGUUCGUCAUUUGAUGAUGUCUACUUACAAAUGAAUGGUACACAAGUUGAACUUGUGUAAUAAUGUAAAUAUCUUGGAGAAAAAAUGGACGCAAAAUGUAGGCUCGAUUACCAGCCGCUGUUCGGGAAAAUGAGCCCACACUCAUUCCCCCUCUCUCUUCGGGGAGGAUCAAGACCGGACCCGGGAGACGGCGGAAAUCGAGCCUACGCAAAAUGGAGAUGGAAGCCACAUAUCAGUAGUUUGUUAAAGAAGCUGUGUUAUAUCCUGUCUGUGUUUAACCGAAUCUCAUAUGCUAGAUGACAAGACUCGCAUUGCGUAUUUUAUCGGCUUAGUUUCACCCCAUUUAGACUAUGGUGACAUUGUAUGGGGAGAUCAGCCUGGUUUGAAAUCUGAAAUGGAUUGUUUACAAGCGUUUCAGAAUAGAUUUGCGAAAAGAAUUCUAGUUAAACUCAUCACAAAUAGAUGAGCUUGGGAACUGGUGCCUAAAAGGUUAGCGGGGUGCCAGAUGCCAAGCUGCAGGGGAGGUAUCCAUGGCAACCCUGGAACGCGGGAACCACCCAAUCAAAACCCUUCUCCUGGUGCUUGGAGAAAGGAGGAACCGCGAACAGGGGUGACAUGGUACCUCCGAUCCCCAAACUGCCCCCAAGCACCAGUAACCGAAAACCAAGGUAAAGCUACAACAUACCUACAGAAGCUGACAUGGCCAAGUCCAAGACCCAGGAACAAGAUGCUAUAGGAACCAGAUACAAGGGCGAAGCAGGCGUUGCAAGAACUCCCAUCAAGCCCGGCGUCCUUAUGUAAAGCUGACAAGCAUUGCUGGACAAGCGGCCCAUUGAUUGAAUUAAAUGGUCAGGUACUCCAUUGCAAGCAGCGACAGUAGCGGCCCCUAUGCGAAAGCUAUGGCUGGAGAAGUUUCCCGGCACCCCUAGCUGGGGCCAUAAUCUGUCGAUGCCAAUCCGUCAAGAUGAUGUGCAAGAGAGGCUGUCCAUUGUGCAACAAAAACAAGGAGCCAGGGCCAUCUCCCCUAAGCGCAAGGUAAUUCAUUACUGCACGAACUGCACAGAGUGGAUGCCUGCCCAACGCCAAUGUGAAUGAAACAGCCCUUCCAAAGUGGAUCAGUCUUCGAGCCCUUGAUCGUGACGUGCAUGCAGGAGGGAGGUAAGUUAAGCAGGCAUUGCAAGAACUCCCAUCAGGCCAACUUGAUGGAGAGGGCAGCUAACGCUUCAGCUGGCGUCCUUAUGUAAAGCUGAUAAGCAUUGCUGGACCAGCGGCCCAUUGAUUGAAUUAAAUGGUCAGGUACUCCAUUGCGAGCAGCGACAGUAGCAGCCCCUAUGCGAAAGCUAUGGCUGGAGAAGUUUCCCGGCACCCGAGCUGAGGCCAUAAUCUGUCGGAGCCAAUCUGUCAAGGUGUUGCGCGAGAGAGGCUGUCCAUUUUGCAACAAAAACAAGGGGCCAGGGGCAUCUCCCCUAAGCGCGAGGUAAUUCAUUACAGCGCGAACUGCACAGAGUGGACGCCUGCCAACGCCAAUGUGAAUGAAACAGCCCUUCCUAAAUGGGUCAGUCUUCGAGCCCUUGAUCCUGACGCGCAUGCAGGAUGGAGCUGAGGGCGAAUCCACUGAAAUAUCCUGGACACCCAAGUGGAGUGACGACGAGAAGCUAGACAAAUUGGGAACGGUAAACUCUGACGCGCGAAGAAGGCCAAAAUAUCCAAGAGAACAAGCUGCCCAGAACAUGCAGUGAUCCGGGAGGUGAAGAUCUAAAGACUGCCAAAUAACCAGCAUCAGAUCAUCGGUAAUAGGAAGUCGGCUAGACGAAGAAGAACCUUGACAGCGCUUGAUACCACGUACUACCCGCUGAAGACGAAGACAAUUAAUGAGCGGAUCAGGGAACCCAUGGUCGAUGUGGAGAGCUCUAACCCCAGAUAAAUACACCUUGAUAGAAGAAUGCUUAAUGGUCCUAGCAAGGAAGGUGACAAAAAGGCAAAGCGUCCAUUCAUCGGCCGGGCAGGGUAACCCUGAGGGAUGUAACUUCCCCAGCUGACGACAGAAGGAAAUAAACUGUGCUUGGGCAGAAGCAUACGAGCGACGGGUAGAUGGGGCCAGGCCUUGGGUCAAGAAGGAAUAGCAUUGCCGCUCUAAGGUGAAGAGGUCAAAGCUGCCAGAAGUUCUGGGGGGAUCCACGUAGGAUGAGGCUGUGCAUCCGGAACCAACUGCCUGAAGUCCUGCCAACGAAAACGAGACAGAGCAUCAGCUAUCAGAUUGUUAACCCCAGGCACAUGUCGAGCAGAAAAGGAGAAACUAUGACGAGCAGCAGAAAGAAGCAGGCUACGCAGUAACUGCAUCAAACUAGGUACUUUCGAGGUCCGGGUGUUUAGAAUAUGGACCACCGCUUCAUUGUCAGAGCGGAACAGAACAUGCCUCUUGCACCACAUGUGGCCCCAUACAUGGGCGGCAAUGACGACUGGGAAGAGCUCCUUAUAAGCAAUAGACUGCUGCUGCUGAGAAGGGGCCCAAGAACCCGCAAACCAGUAGCCCUUCAGAUAGGCCCCAAAACCAAUCGAACCAGCUGCAUCGGACGACACUUCGACCCCCGCCUCUGGGACCAGACCCGGGAAAAGCCAAAAACUAACACCAUGCCAGUCAGAGAGAAAGUGGUGCCACCACCGGAGGUCCAAAUGAAAUUCUCUGUUAAGCCGAACUGGGUGAUCUCUUCUUCGGAAACAGGACAGAAGGUCAAUCAUGCGGCGCAAAAAGGUUCUCCCAGGCCAAACCACUUUAGCAGCAUGGUGCAGAUGUCCAAUGAGAGAUUCUAGUUCCUGCCUAUUACACCACUUUCGUGGAAGCCACGAAGAGAUAAGUUCUUUCAAUGCGGACAAUUUCUGGGCAGGGAGACGAGCCUCUUGAUUAACAGAGUCCAGCUCAAUACCAAGGACUACGAGCACAGUCGAGGGGCCAACACACUUGCCUGGGUGAAGAGGCAGGCCCAAACGCUUGCAGACUGCUAGAGCGGUGCGUAAAUUGUGUGCACAUUGAGAGGACUCAGGGGGGCCCAUAGUGAUGAAGUCGUCUAGGUAAUGAAGCAGAUCAGGGAUCUGAUAGGAGUGCACGAGGAUCCACUCCACCAAAUCUGCGAUCGCAUUGAAGAUGAAUGGAGCUGAACGAAGGCCAAAGGGGAGGGCUAGAUCAACAUAGUACUGGUUACGCCAUUUCAUCCCCAGCAGGUGACGGUCGGACGGGUGAACAGGAACAUUGCGGUACGCGGAUUCAACGUCAAAUUUAGCCAUGAGGGCCCCUUUCCCCAAGCGAGACACUGAGCGAAUAAUUUGAUCCACAGUGAUGUAAUGAAGAGUAAACUCAUCUGCGCUAAUCCCAUCAUUGACACUAGCCCCCCAAGGGGAAGACAAAUCCACAAUGAGACGCCAUUUGCCUGGUUGGCCCUUUUUCGGAAUGACACCAAAACUACUAACUUGGAGGUUUGGGAAGGGGGGGGAAUUGAAGGGGCCUGCCACCCUACCCAAAGAAACCUCAUUCGCUAAAUAAGCAUCAAUGACAGAGGCAUGCUGAGUAGCAGAUGGCUUGUUCUUCUUAGCGGACUUGAGCUUAUGGGAAGGGGAAAAACCUAAUUUAAAUCCAUGACGAAUGCCAUCCAAGACAAAGUCAACCUGUGGCCGCUGAGGGUGGAAGCGCAACUCCCAUGCAAACUGCUCCGCGACUAAGGGAGUAACUGCUGAAACUGGGGGAAGAGGAGCUGGAAAGGAAACGCAAAGCAUACAAAGGUAAAUAACUAGCCCCAUGGCAAAGAACCCCCACAAACCCCAGAAGAAGGUGUGCAACAAAACGGCUGGGACAGUCAACAUAAAACAACUAGCUUUAAUCACGCCCUAAGAAGUACAUGUGGAAGGCCACUACUAGGAGGCAGACUAAUUACACAAGAGUACCAAGUAAUUUGGGAACAAAAAGAAACUCUUAUAAGUCCAGUAAGGUCUGCACUUGGAAAUUUAAAUCGUCCGACCUAAGGCAACCUAACAAUGAUACAAAUGAACACCUGACAACCAACGAAUCUGAUCGAGUUCACUAGCGCCUAGACUUGCUGCUAGAACGGAGGGGGGAAGCAUCAACUGGCCGUUUGGAAGAAGGACGAGACUGGCUUGAUGCCUCACCAGGGCACGCUCCGACACGAUGCGGGCCAAAGCAACUAGAGCAUUUGUGAGCAAAGCGGCACGACGACGAAGGAGCAACACAACGGCCUCGAUUCCAAGACUUGCAAAUAAUGAGCGAAGACGGUGCGCCGCGGGGCUCAGAAAACUCCUCCGAAAGUUCCCCGCGAGAGCGUACCGAAGCCCCAGCUGCAUGAAAAUUAAACAACUGCACAUUGAUGGUUGACCAAUCUGUGAGGGUCGAGGCCGCAGCGUGUUCCCGAAAAGCCCGGUCAUACGCCAACCAAACUCGGCCCGCGAACUGACGGUGAGUCCGGAGAAUGAGCAACUGAUACUGCAUCAAAUCCUUCCAGCGAUGCGGAAAAUGGGAGGAUAAAAUCAGACAAUAUAUCGAAAAGGCUUCCAACCAACUGGUGAUGUCGUCAACGCGUCGCUUGGGCUUUUUUGGAGUUGACGUAAGCACCAGCCGCCCGUCGAAAAGCAAUUGAGGUUCGGGCUCGUUUAGCACCAAGUUCGAAGAAAGCAGUUCGUGCAACUCGACAAACUUGCCAGCAACGAUCUGGCUCACAAGUUUUGCAGGCACCGGUGAAAAGCCGGGGCCCACGACAAAGGGCUGCUGCAAAACAGGCGUCUGGGCCAGCGAAGAAAUACCACCGAUGCUAGGCGAAGCGGUCACGGCGGCAGAAUUGGUAGAAAGCGUAACGGCGGAUAUCGGUGAGGCAAAAGUAGUAACAAAAGCAGGUACAACAAAAUCAGGCCUACCUUGGACCGAGGCAGCGGAAACAGCCGGUGAGACCGACGAAAAACCAACGCCAGAGGCUGCCAAGCUUGAGGCUUGGGCAUCGAGUUGACCAGUAGAAGACGAAGACGAAGACGAACCAGGAACGCCCCCAGGCGAGGCCGCCAUUGGCACGCUUGAAGCAAAACUAGUGGCAGGCGUUGAAGGCAGAUUCGAAGUUUGCUCGGCCGCUAGCGCUUGCUUGACAGCACUUACAACGGCGGCCAAAAAGGCAGGAGAAGGCUGGUCCGACAUGGGUGAUUGGGACGUUGCAGAUGGGUCCGCUGAGCCUGUACUAGGCAAACUAGAGUUCGCCGCCGAACUGGACGGGUUGCUUUCAGCAGGAGAAAUCAUGGCAUCAAAAGCCGCCGCUUGGCUGUUACGUGUUGGCCUGGACGACAUAUCGUAGCAGAAUGCUUUCUCGCGACAAACGAAGGGAAGAACAGCAAUAAACCGAGCAAGAAUCCGCAAUGAUUCGCACUAGCAAAGCGUUUGAUCCGCAAAGAUCAGCUGAUAACACUGCACGUGUAAAGCAAUGAACCUUGAAACCCUGUGAAACCUCUAGAGGCCACCCCAAAGGUCACGUGCCGCAGAUGGGGGAGACCGCUGGCUGCAUUUGCUCACAUUUUAACUUUGCCUAAAUGAUAUUUAGCCACAUGUAAAAAGAUCUCAUCGUCUGAAGCACUCAAUUCCCUCCAAUGGAUUCCACUGGUUGGACGACGUUUUGCUCUCCUGUGCUCUGCGAUACAAAAUGUUAUUAGUAUAGGUAAUAGUGUGAUUAGUAGUGAUAUUUCGAAAUUGUUAUACGUCAGACCUGAUAGCCGUUAGGCGAGUGAAAUUUGAGACAAUUUUGAGAUAUCACUUACAAAUCAUGCUAUUAAUUAUUUAUACUACUAGCCGCAAAAGGUUUGUAAUUUUCACAUGUAGGUAUUUCAAAUUAAGCUGAAAUACCACUGCUAUGAGCCAAUCAAAUUGCAGAAAUUGCUCAUGUAGUAGUAUAAAAGGGGAAAUACCAGAGCACCUUAAGACUUUCAUUAAAGCUUCAAGAGACUUGCAUGGACAUAACACAAAAAAAAUCUACCUACCUAGAACCCCCAAUCCAAGGACCGAUUGGGGUAAAAGAACAAGAUAUUAUAGAUGCAUUAUAGCGACUGGACAAGUCUCCCCAGCAUUUUAAGGAAACUCGUGACAUGCAAUAUGUUUAAGCGAGACCUAAAAACGUUUUUAACUGCCAAAUAUUUUUAGCCCGUAGACGUUUAACCUUUUUAGGUGUUUUUUUUAGUUUUUUUUUCCCCUAAGCCUUUUAUAUUUUUUAACUUUAAUUGUAAUUUUUUCACUUUUAAUUAGUCUUUCUUGAGUCCGAAGUUUGGCCUUUUUAGCCUUUCGUAAUAGUGAAAUUUUUAAGUAUGAUUGUCAGUAACUGACUGUUAUUUAUUUUGAUAUUGUUUUAAUUUUAGCUAAGGACCUUCGUGAAACCACAUAAUGUGCCCGGAGCCUCCUCUAUAAAGAUUAUUAUUGUUAAUGUUCAGUGUUAUUAUUAUCAUCAGUGCCGGAUCCAGACCUUCAGAUAAGUAGGGGUCCGGUCAUCUAGACCCUGAGAUAAAGGGGGGGGGGGGGGGGGGGGGGGGCCCCCCCAAAAAAAUUUUUUGGCCCCUUGGGGGGCCCGUUUUGGUUAAAAAAAAAAAGGGGGCCCCCCCCCCCGGGCCCCCCCCCCCCGACCCCCACGUGUUUUUUUUUUUUUUUAGUUUUUUUUUUUUUUUUAAAAAUUUCUAAAAUAUAAAACACAAAAAUUUUUUUUUUUUUUUUUUUUUUUUUUUUUUUUUCAGUUUUUCAUUAUUUUUUUUUUAUCUUGUCUUGUUAUUUUAUUUGAAUUUUUUUAUUAUCUUACAGACAUCCAUGAAUAAAAAACAGUAUUUCACGCCCACUCCAUAUAAAAAAAUUUUUUUUUUUUUUUUAGUUGUUUGUUUUUUUCAACCCCUGCGGCAAACACACUUCAAAGAGGGGGGGGUUCCUUUUCUCAGUCCCUAAAAAAGGGGGGGGGGGGGGGGGGGGGGGAGGCGACCUCCAAAAAAAUUUUUUCGACCCUUGUCGGGCCUCAUUUGGUCUAAUAAUAAAGAGUGGCCUGACCCCCCCGGGCCCCUCCCCCGGAUCCACCAGUGAUUAUUAUUACUAGUAGUAUUCUUAUUAUCAUUACAAUACUCUGCAAUAUAUAACUGCAAUAAAUUUUACUUGUCUUUGAUGUUUUUUGAGUUACAUCGUGUACAUACAGUAUUUUUAAACCAACUUUAUUGUCAAUUUUCACGCACGAUUUAACCUGUCAGUUGUUUGGCCUAUCUAAGAGGAGAUCGUUAAAGCGCAAAGGAAGUAUUUUUCUAUCACAAAAAAGACAACAUACAACAAAAAUACAAAAUGAGCAACGCAUUGAAGCAAAAUUCUGUUGUGAAAUUCUCUCUCUUUCUUUCUCUUUUGAAAUCUCUUUACUAAAAAUUCAAUUAUUCAAUACCUCGCUCCCAGGAGUAUCGUUUACUUGUUUCCUCCUUCCUGCAGAUAUGGAGAUAAGACUCCCAAGUCGCUACCGGCUCGUAUUUACUCCGCCGUCUGGAUGAUUGUUGGCAUGACAUUUCUAUCAAUAUUCACUGCUGAAGUUACAUCUGGACUGAUGUCUAAAGAGUUGAAGCCUCGUCACACAUGUUUCGGAAAAAAAGUAAGUUUUCUUCCCUCGCAUCUAUUGUGUGCAAGAGAAAUGAUUUAGAGCCUAUAAGGUUGAAAGGUUGACCCAAAACACAUAAAAAGCUUCUGAAUGCGUUUUAAAAAAUUUCCCAUAUUAUUCGUUGAACAGAACGAAGAUGUAAGAUUUGUUUCAUCAAAAACAGAGAAUAUCGAUAACAACAAAAUUUCGGUAAAGCACUGGUUUACAGUUAAUCAAAUAUUGAUAUCCUCUUGUUUUCAAACAGUUUUCCUGCACCGGAUAAUAGAUCCAUCCACGUUUUUUUAACUUUUUACAUGGUCCCGUUUUUUUCUGAAUAGUGAAAAUCUACCGACUCCGCUGAAAAAGAAAAAGACCGUAAAAAGCAAAAAAAAAAAAAAAAAAAAAAGGAGGGGGGCGGAUGAUUUGUUGAAGAAAAAACUACAACAUUUGAAAAAUAACAAAAAAAAAAAAAACAAUUUUAAGUGGAUUUGCUGCACUUUACCCCAUACAAAAAAAAAAACAAAAACAAAAACAAUUUAAAUAAUAAACUAAUAUUUUAUUCUUUUGUUUCUCAAAAUUUUUCCGUCCACGGAAAAAAAAUCCUUCCUCCUUUUUUUUACUUUUUUCAUUGCCCCCUUUUUUUUUGAAAAAGGGAAAACACACCACCCCGAAAAAAAAAAAAAAAAACGAAAAAAACAAAAAAAAAAAAAAAAAAAAAAAAGGCGGGGGGGCUAUGUCUUUGUUUGAGUAAGACGUAUCACUUUUGGUAAGUUUACCAAUGUUAAGGAGCCCUUUUCAGGGGUGUCGACGGACUUUCGCCCAAUAUAUACUAAAUCGAGAAAGUCAAAAUUUUCUGAUAACGUAACUAUAUUGCUUGACAAAUGUACCCUGAGUAAACAAUCAUACUUAUAUCUCAAUAUUAGAUUGGAGUCCCAUUUUAUAGCAGGCGUUUCUUUAAAGAAGAGCUCAGAGGAGCAAAGAUAAAAGGUACUGUAAUCUGGAUAUGAUUUGUGACGAUCAGGUGGUAGUAAUAUUCCAUUUUAUUAUAUAAACACUAAUGAAAUACCAGGUAAGCUUAAUUUGGCGCGAAAACAUGAUAUCUUCACAGGUGAAAAUAACAUGUUAUUUUCACAUGUGAAAAGAUCUUCGUUGCUAUAAGUACAUAAUAAAUCGCGCCUUUCCAUCAAAAAAGUUAUUUAAGUGAAAUGGUUUGGCAUCUCAUCGGUGUUUAUAUAAUAAUCAAAAUAUGAAAUUUCUCUUCUCGUGUUGAAAAAUAUUUCUCUUCUUCGCUGCGCUCACUCGCGCGGCCAUGUAAUCUCCUGUGUAUAUCUAAUUAAAUUCAGUUUAAUAGCCAGUAUACCUUAAAUUUCAUAAAACAUACCUCGAUACUUGUCGCAAUAUAUCGAGACCUUAAGGAAACGUAGUAUGCCAAAUAUCAUGACCCGAAAACAUCUUUAUUCAUGUGACUACCGGAAGAUACCGUACCCUGAAACCCUGACAGACCCUGUAAAAUUUCAGGGAUGCACCACUCUCUACGUAGCUGAUACUCGUUAUAACGAAAGAGUCACGCCGCCUUCUCUUGCACCCUUGGCUGACCUGAUGAAGUAGCAGGUUUUGUACUCCAAUCAUUAUCUGAUGUUGCUUAAUGUUGCAGUUCAUGAAUGACAUCUACAUUUAUGUAUAAUGCUUUUUAGGGAUCCAACAGAAUUCCAACGAAAGUUUGAUCAAGCACUUGCAAAAUAGAACUGAUGGAAUAGAGAAAAUAGUUCUUCGUGGUUGUGAAGAGUUUAAUGACGACACCUACGAAAAGUUACAGUUUGUACGGGCAUUGAGAAAGCACUACGUUGGAAUACGCCUCCAACAAGGUGCCUCGGACGUGAGAUCGUGUGUUAAGAAUAUGGUGGAGAAGCAUCACGAUGUAAAUGAAUCCUUUGAAGAAGCUACAGAAUGCGAGAAGAACUCCAAAAUUGAUAUGAACGAAUACGGUUCAAGAAAAGGCUUUGACUAUCGAGACGUAAUCAGCAUUAUAAUGUAUGUUUCUACUGGUCUUGUUGUGUUGAUGUUUGUGACAGGCUGCGUUUGGGAUUUGAUGAAGACUAGGAAUCUUCCCAGAAAAAAAGAAGGUAAGAGAAAGGUCUGGUUUAAAGGAUUCAUUCAAUACUUUCAAUUACGUUUCAAGAUCACAACUUUUUUCGUCUCAGGUGAACAAUACCGAUACGCAUAAAGCUAAUAAGCUGUUCUCGCCUCAUCCGAAUUCCGGAAUCCGGGAAGAAUUUGCCGGCAUAAUUUUGGAAUCCGAAAACCACGAACAAUUUGGAAUCCGGAAUUCUGGGCUUUGGAAUACGGAAUACCACUCAAGGAAUCCGAAAUCCUCCUUUAAGAUUGGAAUCAAGAAUACAUAAGUUUCAUGGACAAAUAGUGGAAUCCAUCCGGAAUCCAUGGCGUGUAAUCCAGAAUCAAAGACUGUCUUGCAUUUCCUUACAGGGGGUGACUGUUCGUCACGUAAGCCCCAUUCCCGCUUCCAGCCCUUAUAAUUAUAUGCAUUUUCUUGUUUUAGGUAGCGUUGGAGACCGUGGGAGCGCAGAAAUGAAUGCGAUAGAAGAAGAAAUAGAAAUCAGAGUGAUCAAAGAGGACAAAGAUGUGAGAAGAAGCUUGAAGGCCGCUCCAACAACGGAAGUUUCAAGAGAAUAA